AGAACUGGCUGGCUCUCCAGGUCACAUGAUUACAUAGAAACAUGAAACUUGACGAUGUGCUCCAGCAAGUUUUACUUCCCUAGUGCUGGGGUGUUCGCCAGCAGCCUGAGCUCUCUGAAGUCACAUCCAGGGACUGCAGCCCUUGAGCGCACAGGCUUACCAUGCUGCUCUCCAGGAGGGUCAGGAGCUGUUGACCUGCUCUGACCACUGGACAGUGACGCACACGAGUCUCACCAGAAAGAAUGGACAAGCUCAACAAGAUAACUGUCCCUGCCAGCCAGAAGUUGAGGCAGCUUCAAAAGAUAGUCCAUGACAUUAAGAACAAUGAAGGUGGCAUCAUGGACAAAAUCAAGAAGCUAAAAGUCAAAGCUCCUCCUAGUGUUCCUCGAAGGGACUAUGCCUUAGAGACACCGGCCGACGAGGGAGAACAGUGGUCAGAUGACUUUGACAGUGACUAUGAAAACCCAGAUGAGCACUCGGACUCGGAAAUGUACGUGAUGCCCGCGGAGGAGAACGGGGAUGAUAGCUAUGAACCGCCCCCAGCUGAGCAUGAGAUGAGGACCGUCCACCCAGCUCUGCCCUUCACCAGGGGCGAGUAUGUAGACAAUCGAUCAAGCCAGAGGCAAUCCCCGCCUCUCAGCAAGACCCUUCCCAGUAAGCCAAGCUGGCCUUCAGCCAAAACCAGGCUCGCCUCUACGCUGCCGGCCUCCACCGCCCUGCAGAAACCUCAGGUCCCACCCAAGCCCAGAGACCUCCUUGAUGAGGCUGAUUAUGUGGUCCCUGUGGAAGAUAAUGAAAACUAUAUUCACCCCACAGAAAGCAGUCCACUUCCCUCUGAGAAAGCUCCCAUGGUGAACAGAUCGACCAAGCCAAAUAGCUCCUCAAAGCCUGCCCCUCUUCCGGGGAUACCAUCAGGUCGGAACAGCGGGGCCUGGGAUUCCAAGUCACCUUCACCUUCUGUGCCAUCCCCACUGCCCAGGGUCGGGAAGAAAACAGCUACCCCAUUGAAGAUAACUCCAGUUGCCUCUCAACAGGCUACGUCCAGUGCUUGUGAAGAAAAGCCUAUCCCUGCUGAACGCCACCGAGGAUCUAGCAACAGACAAGAAGCUGUCCAGUCACCAGUGUUUCCACCUGCCCUGAAACCUCUCCAUCAGAAACCCAUACCUCUGCCACGAUUUCCAGAAGUAGGAAGCCCGUCUGUGGAUGGACCAUGCCCUAACUUUUCACCAAUUCCCACUUUUUCAGUACAGGAAGCUGAUGUUCACUCUAAGCCCUGGUAUGCAGGUUCCUGUGACCGGAAGUCUGCUGAAGAGGCAUUACAUAGAUCCAACAAGGAUGGAUCAUUUCUUAUUAGGAAAAGCUCUGGGCAUGAUUCCAAACAACCAUAUACACUAGUUGUAUUCUUUAAUAAGCGAGUCUAUAAUAUUCCUGUGCGAUUUAUUGAAGCAACAAAACAAUAUGCUUUGGGCAGAAAGAAAAAUGGUGAAGAGUACUUUGGAAGUGUUGCUGAAAUUAUUAAGAAUCAUCAACACAAUCCCCUGGUUCUUAUUGACAGUCAGAACAACACAAAAGAUUCCACCAGACUGAAAUAUGCAGUUAAAGUUUCCUGAAGAGAGAAAAAGGAAGUUAAAGCCAUUGCUUCAUUUUCUGCAGCUUCUUCCUUUUGAGAAAAGGUUCCAAAACAUCACAUUUGUGGAUUAUGAAUCAUCAGUAGUAACACAGAAGAGGAAAACAGCUAUUGAGUUGCAUGCGUUCACUACUCACGUGAACUGAUUUCAGCUGAUGAGCUCAUACCUUGGAAGGUAGAGUUGUGCUACUAACAUUCUCCAAAUAAAACAUAUUU